AUGAAUGUUGACGAUCCUUUCGCGGAUGACCUGAAGUCACUCGACGCCGUCAUGGCGCAGCUCUCCUCCGAGCAGAGCCGCCAGUCGCGCCCAUCGCCCGGUGGUGUGCCACUUGUGCCUGCAGCAACAGGAACAACCGCCGGCUCCCCAUUGACAAGGAUGGAGGGCCGCCGAGGUAGGCGCGACGUGCCGCUGCCGCAGGAAUCUGAGCGGCGUUCACAACUACCAACAACAGCAGCAGCAGCAGCAGCGGUAAGGCCAUCAGCAGUGCCCACAUCGGUGAAGGAUGAACCGUUGCCGUGGGAGAUCGACGACGAUCCGCCCACAGCUGUGCGCCGGCGUGCGUCUGCAGCCUCGCGAGAUGCGGCGCCGGAUCCCGUUGCAAUGGGGCGAGGUCGGCAUGCCACAGCGGCUGCUGCUGCUGCUGCUGCAGCAGAAAAGAGAAACAUAAACAACAACGUAGUUGAUGACGAAGAUGAUGAUCCGCUUGCUUUUCUCGAGGGCCCUGUGCCCACAACGCGAGCUGCCGGUCCUACUGCGGCAUCCGCGCAGCAGGUGACGGCGCAGGUCGAGAACGAAGAGUCGCGGCGACGGGCGGAGCGGCGUGAUCUUCUCUCCUCGAUGGAUGCUGUUGACAUGGAGCUGCAGCAGCUCCAGAACUCACUAGAUACACUCCAAAUCAAGGCAGAUGCCGAGCUAACCGAGUUGGAAGCAAAGGUGAUUGAAAAACAGACAGAGCUCGAAUCCCGUGAAAACGGCAUUGAUGCUGAGCAGAAGGCGUACGACACAUACCACGGGCGGCGCUUGAGGGAGGUACAUGACCGCACAGCGGAUUUGCUGCAACAGCAAGAGAAGGAGAUGAUGGUGACGGAAAUCGAGCGGCACGAGCUGCAGUUGCGCAUCCUCACCGCAGCGGUGGGUGAAGCACGUGUUAGAAUAGAACAGCUGCAGCAGCAACGUAAUCUGCUGCUGCAGAACCAUAGAUUUGACGAUAAAGGAGUCCUUAUAGCUCUCGCAGAGGAAGAGGCUGCUGCUGCUGCUGCUGCUUCUGCAGAUACUAAUGAUGAUGAUGAUGGUGAUGGUGGUGGGAGAAACAAUAGCAGCCGAGCCAUCGAAGCAAAGGUGGAGGCUGCUCUUCGCAUUCUUCGGCGGCAUCACGACGAGCGGCUUGAAUCCCUCACUAGCGGCGUCGUGCAGUUCCUGCACAAGGAGACAGCAGCGGUCGCGUGUGAGGUGCGGGAGCGUCACCAGGUGACAUACCUGCAGGAUGCCGUCACCCGAAAAGAGGAGCUUGGGGCUUUCCUGCAGGAAUUCCUGCUACGCUACCGUGAGUUCUUCCAGCAGCGGGCGGAGUCACGGGCGCGCAAGACCGCUACCGUGCGGGAGGGCCUGCGGCAGGCAACCGCGCAGCUGCGCCAACACGCCACAGAGCGCAUGCAGGCCCGUGUACAUGAGGCUGCUGCCAGCGCAGAUGCGGCGGCGCGGCGUUUUCAGCAGGUCGCGGCUGAGGCGGUGACGUGUGCGCGGCGCACAGAAGCCGCUGUGCGUGAGAGCGACGACGCCGCGGCGCGGGGGCAGCGGGCGGACUUGCAGCACCGCUCUCAGGUCGAGCAGGCCGUCCUCGAGAAGCUGCAGCGGGCGGAGUUGGAGACGCUGCAGCACCAGCUGGAUCGCCUGCGACGCAGCGGUGAGGCGGAGGGAAGCAGCAGCACCGCGGCACUUCGGCAAGAGGUGCAGCAGCUUUGCGCCACCAAGACGAACAGCGUCACGGCCACAGUGCGUGAGCUGGAGCGGGCGGUGCAGGAGCUGCUGCGACAACAGCUUGCCAACAACAAGGCUCUCUGUGCCGAGGGCGAAGGGCAUCUCUUCCUCACCGACGAGGAACUCGCCACACGGAUGGAAGUGCAGGAGAAGGAGGCCAUUGUCACCGCGCUGCUAGACGAGGUACAAAGGCGGCAGGUGGAACUCGUGUCCACUCGCCAGCGCUGCGGUGAGCUGCGCGAGCAGGUUGCCGAGUGUUUGCAGCAGCAGGUGCAGACGGUGCGGGAGCAGCGGUUGGCGCAGGAGUCUCACCUCGCCAGUGUCGAACUUGCACGGUCGGCGUGGGAGCGAGAGCAGCGGGAGUUGCUGCAGUGGGGCCACGAGGUGUUGGUGACCGGUGAAAUGAACACGGCUGUUAUUGCCUCUGCUGGCUCUGGGAAGUCGCAUAUCCCGGCCGCAGCGGCUGCCGCGGACGCCGUGCAGCUGCUGGUGGAGCGUAACCACGCGCUAAUGGAGAGCCGGGACACGUUGCGCACGCAGCGCCACCAGCUUCUCCACGCGAUGGGGAAUGAGCACGCCGGUGUCGCUGCAGAGCGAGCCAAAGCGGAGAAGUGUUGGCUGCAGCUGCUUGAGCGGCUGCUGAAGUUAAUGGAGGAGCAGGAGUCUAUGGCGGCGCGGCAGGUCGCCGUGACGACGGAGAUCGCGAAGGUCGAGGCCGCGAGAGAAUUGCUGCGUCAUGAGACGGAGCUCUUCUGCCGGCGGCGUGACGAGUUGCAGGAGGAGGCAGCGCAUCUCAAGAAGGAGCUGCAGGUGACGCUGGAACGCAAAAAUGAAUGCGCCACAUUACAGAAGAGAAUCGCCACGGAGCAGAUUGCCCUGGCGCUGGAACAGCAACAACUGGCCGUUCAGCAUCAGCAGCAACAGAUGCAGCAUUACACUCUACAGACUGCUGUCGUUGCUGCGCCUCUUCCUUCUGCUCUUGCUGUUGCUGCUGACGAGGAAAUGAUGAUGUGCACGCCUGAAAAGCAGCUGCUGCACUUUUCCCCUCCACAGGCUACUGAGAGUCCCGCAUCGAACCGCUCCGUCGAGAAGCUACAGGAGGAAACGAGCAGUGUGAACCUGCUUCCCUCGAAGGGGAAGCGGCCGUCGCGACCACGGCAGCCACAGCCACGUGGAAGUAGGAGUAGGAGUAGAAGGAACACGCUUUCACCGAGUGAUGUGGAUCUGGGGGCAGUGCUGAGCGCUGAGCAUGGCUCCACAUUCAUGGAUCUCAGAGCCAAUGUGGGGUCCGCCUCAGAGUGA